CACCCUAGCAGUACAGUGUCACCAUGGUGACUGGUGACACUGUACUACUUACCCUGCAUUCACUAUAUCCGCUCUCCCCGGACCCUGCAUUCACUAUAUCCAGUCUCCCCGGACCCUGCAUUCACUAUAUCCGCUCUCCCCGGACCCUGCAUUCACUAUAUCCGCUCUCCCCGGACCCUGCAUUCACUAUAUCCGCUCUCCCCGGACCCUGCAUUCACUAUAUCUGCUCUCCCCGGACCCUGCAUUCACUAUAUCCGCUCUCCCAGGACCCUGCAUUCACU